GAUCAAGUGUUUAAUUAUACGGCUCAUAUAAAAACACACAGCACGCUUUCUCGCCUCGGUAGGCGCGGCCUCAGAGCGGCAGAAGCAAAACAUGAACUCUGAUCCUCCCUCUGACACACGCAGCCGAGACACACACUGACUGACAGAUCCACGCACGCAGGAGUCCCGGAGCAGAAGACACUCGUGGACGCAAGACAUGCGCUGGAAGGGCGAAGUGAAAGUGGAGUGCUGCGUCGUUGGCGAGCACGAGCGCGAGUCCCCGUUGCUGUCCAACGAUGACGAGGUGAACAUGUGUGAAGACUGCAGGGGAGACGAGGAGCUGCUGGGCACAUGCCCCGAGGACAGUGGAGACAUCGUGGGCGCGCCGGUGGAAGUUUUGGAUGAAGACGCGUCGUCGCUGCAGACGAUGGCAUCCGCGCCGCUGCUGGGCGGAACACUGUGUGCGAGCUGCAACGAGGAAAUUGUGGAUAAGUAUUUAUUAAAGGUGAACGACUUGUGCUGGCAUGUGCGCUGUCUCUCGUGCAGCGUGUGCCAGACUUCACUUGGCAGCCACACGAGCUGUUACAUCAAAGAAAAUGAGGUUUUCUGCAAAGUGGAUUACUUUCGAAGAUACGGCACGCGGUGCGCGUGCUGCGGCAGGAACAUCCACGCCACGGACUGGGUCCGCAGGGCGAAGGGGAACGUGUAUCACCUGGCCUGCUUCGCCUGCUUCUCCUGUAAGAGACAACUGUCCACCGGGGAGGAGUUCGCGCUCGUGGAGGAGAAGGUUCUGUGCACAGUCCACUACGAGUGCAUGCUGGACAACCUGAAGAGAGCCGUGGAGAAAGGAAACAAUGUAAACAUGGGGGGGGCUGUGCCCACCGAGCAGGAGAUUAACCAGCCCAAACCCUCGAAGAGAGCUCGGACCAGCUUCACCGCCGACCAGCUGCAGGUAAUGCAGGCCCAGUUUGCUCAGGACAACAACCCAGACGCCCAAACACUACAGAAGCUGGCGGAGCAGACGGGCCUCAGUCGAAGAGUCAUUCAGGUCUGGUUCCAGAACUGCCGAGCGCGCCACAAGAAGCACGUGAGCCCCAACCACAGCUCCAGCGCCCCCAUGACCUCCCUGCAGCCCAGCCGCCCCCCCCAGCCAACCCCGACCCCCGAGGAGCUGCAGUACACAGCGUACGGAGGCCCAGAGGGGUCAAUGCUCUCAGCACUACACUCCUUCAUAGACAUGCACCCUCCUCCACCCAUGUUUCAGCCACUGCUGCCAGCCCAUGCCAUGACCUCCCUGCCUGUGUCUCACGCCUGAGCCGCGCACACACACACACACACACGUCUAUUCUUAUAAGAACAGUGCAUUCACUUCCAUUCAUUAGGACAGCACAGAGGGUUAACCCAAUCUGGUUUAUACCUAACCCUAACCUUCACCUAACCACAACUGAAUAGCCCUAAACGUAACUAUUCAUUCAUUCAUUCAGUCAUUUUGUACCACUGGUUCACCCUGAGUGGGACCAACACCCAUGGAGACAAACAACCAUUCACUCUCACACUCAAACGUAUACGGUCAAUUCUGAGCAUCCAAUAACUCCAUUUGCAUUGUUUUGGACUGUGGGAGGAAGAGAGAAACCCAGAGAGAACACGCACACACACACACACACACACACACACACAUAAGGAGAACAUACACACAUCAGUGGAACCAGGAGCCGACCUGGUGACCUUCUUACUGUGAGGCGACAAUGUUAGCCACUGCACCACCAUUUAGCUGUCUCGACUUAACCAUUGACUCAAAAAUGAGGUUCUGCCUGAUUAGGACCAGGUUUGGGACUCCAUAAGGAC